CGCCAUUUCGGCGGGGGCGGGAGCGGUGCCGGCGCCAUUUUGUCGCGGGCGGCUGAGGGAGAAGCGGCGGCGGCGGCGGGAGCGGGCGGAGCUCAACGCCAGCCCCGGCCCCGCGCCGGCCCCACACCGGCCCCGCACUCACCCGCCCGCCCGCCGGAGCUCACCGGAGACCUGGCGACCGUGUGCUUCGAUUCUCUGAAGAUGGCUGCACAGUCAGCACCGAAGGUCGUGCUAAAGAGCACCACCAAGAUGUCUCUGAACGAGCGCUUCACUAACAUGCUGAAGAACAAACAGCCGAUGCCGGUGAAUAUCCGGGCCACCAUGCAGCAGCAGCAGCUGGCCAGCGCUCGAAACAGACGUCUGGCCCAGCAGAUGGAGAACAGACCGUCUGUGCAGGCCGCUCUGAAGCUCAAACAGAGAAAAGGCUCAUCCCGGGGUCCGAGUGCUUCACCUCACAGUCCCCAAAAUCCCACCCUCCCUCGGGAGCCGCUGCUGUGGUGCUUUUCCCCCGAGGAGCAGCGGGGCCAGCUCCCGUGCUGGCAGAUUGGGAAUGCAGGCCUGGACUCCAGGCACAACCCCAGCACUCGGAACACGUCCUGUUGUGUCCCCGCUGUGUCCCCAAUCCCAGAUUGCUGCAUGACUCCUGUCCCCCCCAAAUCUUCUCUUCCAGAAGAGCUUGAAGCAACGCCUCGGCAAGAGCAACAUCCAGGCGCGGCUGGGCCGGCCGGCGGGGACGCUGGCCCGAGGAGCCCUGGGGGGCCGCGGGCUGGCCCUGGGCCAGCGGGGGCUGCCCCGGGGGGCCCUGCGGGGCCGCGGCGCCCGCGCCAUGAUCCGAGGAGGGGUGGCGCUCCGAGGUCAAGGCCUGCUGCGCGGCGGGAGAGGGAUUGCCCCCCGGAUGGGCCUGCGGAGGGGCGGCAUCAGGGGCCGCGGCGGCCCGGGAAGAGGCGGCCUGGGCCGGGGCGCCAUGGGCCGGGGAGGGAUCGGCGGCAGAGGGCGCGGCAUGGCCGGGCGCGGCCGGGGCGGCUUCGGCGGGCGCGGCAGAGGCCGGGGCCGCGGCAGAGGCUCGGCGCGCCCCGCGCUCACCAAGGAGCAGCUGGACAACCAGCUGGACGCCUACAUGUCCAAGACCAAGGGACACCUGGACGCCGAGCUGGACGCGUACAUGGCACAGACGGAUCCCGAGGCCACCGACUGAGGGGCCGGGACUGCCGGGGGGAGCUCGUUCCGUCGGGGGCCCCCGAUGGGAAAUUCCGACUUAGUGUGUUCUUCGAUGUUUUGAUACUCUCUGUUGUAUUAAACUUUUUUUGGAUUGUUCUUUUCCGCGGAGCUUUUUGGUGGUUUUUCCCUGAGGAAACGCGGAUGGGAUGGAUCUGCUGUGGAGGAUCUGCUGGUGGCAGCGCCAGGGGUGCGCCCCUGCCUGGGGGACCAGCUCUCUGUGUGCCUCUGGAGCUCUGGUUGGGUUUUGGGAUGAGUUUGUUGGGUUUUGGGAUUGGUCUGUUGAGUUUUCAGAUGGUCUGUUGAGUUUUGGGAUGGUUU